GUAUGUGGGUAGACUCAUGUUUCCAAAAUAGAGGGUAGAUUUUGCACCACGUCUGUCAAUCGAUUAAAGGCUAUACCGAACGUACGUGUUUUAGUGCUCUCCUCAUAUCCUGGAUUCCCUGGGCCAUCAGCAGAUAUUUCUCAGUGGCGACGAGAACAAUUGGACACUAGUGCAUUUAAAAAGUAAAAAAAUAAAAGUUGUGAUAAACAGUGUACGACAUGCCUGUGGGAAAGGUCGGACCGUUUGACCUUGUCAAUGACAAUUGGGAACUGUAUGUUGACCGUUUAGAACAAUAUUUCGUUGCAAAUGAUGUUAAAAAUGAAAUGAAAGUGGCUACGCUGAUAACAGUGAUGGGCGGUGACGCUUAUGAACUAAUGGUGAAUCUGUGCACGCCUGUGAAACCAGCGACAAAAACUUAUGACCAGCUGGUCGCGCUGAUGAAAGGUCAUUUAAAUCCAAAGCCGAGUUUGCUCGCAGAACGUUUUAAAUUCCGCCAGCGUGUGCAAAAGCGUGAUGAAAGUAUUGCGAACUUUGUAACGGAUCUUAAAAAAUUAAGUAAGGACUGCGGUUUCACAGGGGAUACUUUGAAGGAUAACUUGAGGGAUCAGUUCGUGUGUGGCCUGUCAAACGACGACAUCAGACAGAAGCUGUUCACGGAGGACGACACGAUCACGUUCGACCGGGCGUACAAGCUCGCCGUGUCCAUGGAGGCGGCCGAGGUCAACGCGGCGCUAGUAGAAGACUGUACUCGGAAUCGAUCCAGCGACAGUAUACCAGCGAGCGCGGCGACGUCGGUGCAUCAUUUGGGUCGGGCAGGCCGGGGCCGGGCGGCGGCGGACGGCGGUCGAGCAGGGGCUGGAACAGCGGGCCGCGGGAAGAUAACGAUCGGCGGCGGUCCAAGCGCCAUGAGCGGAGCGGGUAGCGGAAAGAUGCGAGGCUUCGGUCAAAACAACAACACUGAUUUGUAUGGAGUGUGUAAGGUGUGCGGAGCGAAGCAUGAGGCCGACAGAUGCAAAUUCAAGAAGUAUGUCUGCCGAGUAUGUAACCAAGAAGGACACUUAAAAAGGGUGUGUCCUAAGCUGCGGGGAGGUUCGUCCCUAUACAACGUAACGGAAGAGAAGGUUGUGUAUUUGGACCAUUCGGACAGCAGCGACAGCGACGAGGUAAACAAUUUUUCAAUAAAUAGCAGCGAAUCGUUGGAGUGUGAACCAUAUACCAUAGAUGUUAACAUUGCGGGGAAGUGGUUAAAUAUGGAAAUAGACACAGGUAGUGCGAUUUCGUGUAUAAGUUUAGAAUGUUAUAAAAAGUUGUUUACUCAUUGCAAAAUACAAAGAAGUCAUUUAGUGUUGAAUUAUUAUACAGAUAUAAAGGUAAAACCUGUAGGUAAGAUAAUACCUAAUGUGCAGUGUAAUGGAAUUUCUAAAGAAUUAGACCUAUAUGUUAUUGAAAAUGGCAAAACUAGCCUAUUAGGUAGGCGUUGGAUAAGGGCAUUUAAUAUCAUAGAUAGGUCAAAGUUGGUAUGUAAACAAAUUGUUAAUGUAAACAAGUUGUUUGAUGAGACUGAAUUCAGUUCCAGAUACUGUGAGGUGUUUGCCUCGGGCUUGGGCCGGUUCACCGGGGGCACGGUCGGGUUCCACCUGCGGCCGGACGCGCGGCCGGUGUUCCUGCGCGCGCGCCCCCUGGCGUACGCGCUGCGCGAGCCCGUGGAGCGCGCGCUCGAGCAGAUGGUGCGCGACGGCAUCAUCACGCCUGUCGCCACCUCCGACUGGGCCACGCCUAUAGUGCCGGUAGUUAAAAAAGAUGGCACGAUACGGGUAUGUGCUGAUUUUAAGUUAACGCUAAAUAAAUGUUUAGAAGUGGACCACUAUCCUUUACCGAAAGUAGAAGAUUUGCUAACUAAAUUGCACGGGGGAAAUAAGUUCACUAAAUUAGACCUGUCGCAAGCUUACGCCCAGUUUGAACUGGACGAGUCCAAGAAAUAUACGGUGAUUAACACCCAUAAGGGUUUAUUUAUGUACAAUAGACUGAUAUAUGGGCUCGCGUCUAGUCCCGGUAUUUUCCAGAGAAAACUCGAGCAAUUGUUUGCGGAUAUGCCUCGUGUAGGUGUCUUUCUGGACGAUUUGAUUAUAACAGGGGUCGAUGACCGGUCGCAUAUAGACACGCUUCACGAAGUGUUUGAAAGGUUAAGGAAAUACGGUUUAAGAGUAAAAAAAGAUAAAUGUACGUUUUUUGCGGAUUCGGUAACAUAUCUCGGAUUUGUAAUUAGUAAACAAGGGGUUCAUACAUGCCCUGAAAAAAUUGAAGCGAUCAAACAGGUACCGGUUCCAAAUAAUGUGGCAGAAUUACGAUCAUUCUUAGGGUUAGUGAUGUAUUACGCCAAGUUCGUACCGAAUAUAAGCACUAUACUAGCGCCUCUGUAUGCACUUUUGCGGAAAGAUGUGAAGUAUGAGUGGAGUGAUACUUGCAUGGGCGCGUUUAAUGAGGUGAAACAAAUGUUGAUUUCUGGCGAUAUAUUGGCGCAUUAUUCGCCAGAUCUUCCUCUAAUUCUUACCACUGAUGCGAGCAGUGUAGGCGUCGGCGCUGUGAUAUCUCACCUUGUGCCCGGCGCCGGCGACGCUAGCGCCACCGAGCGGCCGAUAGCGUACUCGUCGCGGGUGCUCAACGCCGCAGAGAAGUCGUAUUCACAAAUUGAGCGGGAGGCGCUUUCUAUCAUUUAUGGGGUCCGAAAAUUUCACCAAUACUUGUAUGGUAGAAGGUUUAUUCUAAGAACAGACCAUAAGCCCUUGGUGACAAUUUUCGGCGAUAAAGUAGGGGUACCCGUAAUGGCUGCUAGUCGUAUGCAAAGGUGGGCGGUGAUUUUAGCUGGUUACGAUUAUACCAUCGAGUAUGUGCGUAGUGACGGGAACGCAGCCGACGCUUUAUCUCGCUUACCGGUGGGUAAGGAGAAAAGCCAGCGUAAGGAAGUCACAUAUUUAAAUUUUAUCCAAAACUUCCUACCGAUUACGAGGAAAAUGGUUCAAGAUAACGUUAGUAAGGAUGAAGUACUAAAGAAAAUAUUCCUGUUUUUACUGUCCGGCUGGCCUACCAGUUGUGACGAUGACGCCCUAAAGCCGUAUUACCUGCGGCGCAAUGAAUUAUAUAUAGACCGGGGUUGUAUAAUUUGGGGCUAUCGACUAGUGGUUCCAGAGGCUUUGAGAAAUCACUUACUCAAAGAGUUACAUGUCGGUCAUUUAGGUAUCGUGAAAAUGAAGAGCCUCGCCCGUAGCGUGAUGUGGUGGCCUGGAAUAGAUAGGGAUAUAGAGGAGUUAGGUAAGCAGUGCACGACGUGUGCUCUAGAGGGCGCCGCGCCGCCGCGAGCGCCGCCACAGCCGUGGCCGUAUAACCCGGAGCCCUGGUCGCGAUUACAUAUUGACUUCCUAGGACCUUUUCAGGGUGAAACUUUUUUAGUCAUUAUAGACUCGGCGACGAAAUGGUUAGAAAUAUUCAAAAUGGCUAAAACUACUGCUAGGGGAGUUAUUAAAUCGCUACGGGAAACAUUUGCUCGUUUUGGGCUACCUCUAGAAAUAGUUUCGGACAACGGUCCUCCGUUCACGUCUAAGGAAUACGCAAAUUUUAUGGAAAAUAACGGCAUCAAACUGACAUUUACGCCAGCUUACCACCCAGCCUCCAAUGGUGCUGCAGAGAAUGCGGUUAAGUUAUGCAAGCGAGCCAUUAAAAAGGCACUUCGAGACGGUUGUGAUGUGGAUGAAGCUCUUCAAGCAUAUCUCAUGAUGUACAGGAACGUUGAACAUAGUUCUACAGGGUCGACCCCAGCUAUGUUAUUACAACGUAGACGACUACGAUCGAGGCUAGAUCUAUUAAGGGGUACUCGGCAGGUCGAGUCUAGGGUACACCAAGCUCAAGAUAAACAAGUGUUUAAUGCGGGAGGGAAACCUAGGGAACUUAAUGUAGGCGAUUCUGUGUGGGCGCGAGAUCACGCCGGGGGAAGCUGGUUAAGUGGUCAAGUGAAGGAGAAAGUAGGUUCCCGGAAUUUUAUUAUAGCUAGGGAAAGUGGUCCACAACUAAAAAGACAUUUAGAUCAGAUUAAAAGAAGGCGUAGCAGUUACACAGUGAACCUGUCGGAUGGAUCGGAGGCGGCGCCAGGCGGGGAAUCCGCGAUUAAUGAAACUGAGGCGGCCCAGACUUCGCGCGCGCCGGAACCUGUGGUUGAAUCCGAUCUUAAGGAACCACCUCAGCCAUCUAUAGAUACCGUGUCCCUAAACACAGUGCCCAGUCACACAGAAUGUAACGAGUCCCCUGCGGACCGACCCAAGCGUAUUCGUAAACCCGUGCAAAGAUAUGGCUUCGAGUUUGAUUAAAUUAUU